AUGGAGGAUGCGGGUAUUAUUUCCGAAGAGGAGAAGCGGGAGUUGUCUAGUCUCAAAGAGGAGCUGUUGACAGCAGAGAAGACCCGCUUGUUGUCGUUAGAGAGUGAUUCGCCGUUCACUUCAUUCUCAGAGGAGGAGAUUUUUGCUGCUAUCUCUUCGUGUGGGGAGAAGAAAGAUCCAGGGCCUGAUGGGUUUAACUUCUAUUUUUGCAAGAAAGCUUGUCCUUUUAUGAAAGAUAUGUUAAUGGAAUUUUUUCAGACUUUUUCAGAUUCAAUAUCUUACCUAAGGGUAUUAAUACAUCUUUUAUGGAGGUUAGCGCAAUUGAUGCCUAAAGUUGUGUUUGAAAAUCAACAUGCUUUAUUUAAAGAAAGAAGUAUUCAAGGAUGCUCUAUGAUUGCUAACGAGUUUGUCCAUUCUGCUUCGAGAAUAAGUAUGAAGUUUCCUGCAAAAUGGUUAAAGUGGAUGUCCUGUUGUUUCUCAUCGGCUACUACAUCAAUGAUGGUUACUGGCAGCCCUAUAGACCCUAUUAACUUGCAGAAGGGGGGUUUUCAUACGCUGACAAUCAAGAUCCUAUCUCGAUGCUUCAAUUUGACUCGUAUUCGUAGAUGUUUUGAGCUAAUAUCGGGGCUUACUAUCAACUUUCAUAAGAGCUCUAUUAUGGGAAUUCAUAUUAGCGAGAUGGAUUUAUUGAUAGCUGCGGAGCUAGUUAGUUGUAAGAUUGAUUCGUUUCCGGUUAAGUACUUGGUUUUGUCUUUAGCUAGAAAAAGACUUUCCUUAGGUGCUUGGGAUCAUGUGGUGGAGCGAGUCAAGUCGCGGUUAGCUUUAUGGAAAGGGUCUUUACUUUCUCCUGCCGGAAGUAUUGCCGCAAGCAAUCCAGUCUCAGUUGGAAUCAUAUAUGAUGCGUUUUCUCUGGAAAAGAGAUGCAUUAGAAGAACUUGCUAUAUUGGUCUAAGUGUUUGGUCAAUUUUCAUUGCUACUCUGAAUUUCAAGGUUGGUAAGGGAGAUUCCAUUUCGCUUUGGUAUGAUUCUUGGAUGAAGGAUGGACCGGCUAAUGUUUUAUUCCCUCGGCUUUUUCAACUCUCAAACCAAAAAUAUGUUUCUAUUAAUGUUAUUUGGAAUGAGGGGUGGUGUUGGAGGCGGCGGUUGAGAGGUAGCGAAUUGUCGUUGUUAAUAUAUUUACAGGCAGCUUUUAAUGUUUUAGUGCCUAGGAUGGAGAGGUUGGAUGAGAUCGUGUGGCACGAUAAAUCAGCAAACAGCAGGGGUGAAGGUUUACCAAAUCAUCAGCACAAUGGUGAUGUUAGAUCGCCUUCAGCAGCUGCUAGGCAAGAAGAAAAUCAUCAAUUGGUCUCAGUUAUGGAGGAGCACGGGGAGUCGUUUGAGGGAUGGCGGGAAUUAAGUGGUGAUAGGUCAGUUGCUCAGGUUGCUUUGGCUAUGGAUACAGGUGAUUCCUAUGCUAUUAAUGGGAGAGUAGGCGUAUCUUGGUGUCUUCCUAAUACUUUUGUGGAGUGGGCAAUGGAGUGA